GCGCGAUGGAUAAAUCGCGGGUCGGGCGCCCGGCCGCUCAGGUCUCACCCUAGGUUUGGCCAUGGUUCUGCGCGGCGUCAGGGUUGUGGAGCUGGCAGGCCUGGCCCCGGGGCCGUUCUGCGGGAUGGUCCUGGCGGACUUCGGCGCCGAGGUGGUGCGCGUGGACCGGCUGGGCUCCGCGGAAGACAGGAGCUUCCUGGCCCGAGGCAAGCGCUCGCUGGCGCUGGACCUGAAGAGGCCUCCCGGAGCCGGGGUAUUGCGGCGCUUGUGCGCACGCGCGGACGUGCUGCUGGAGCCCUUCCGCUGCGGUGUCAUGGAGAAACUCCAGCUUGGGCCAGAGACUCUACUACAGGUCAAUCCAAAGCUCAUCUAUGCCAGGCUGAGUGGAUUUGGCCAGUCAGGAAUUUUCUCCAAAGUAGCUGGCCAUGACAUCAACUAUUUGGCGUUAUCAGGCGUUCUGUCAAAGAUCGGCAGAAGUGGUGAGAACCCAUACCCGCCGCUGAAUCUCCUGGCCGACUUUGGUGGUGGGGGCCUCAUGUGCACACUGGGCAUUGUGCUGGCCCUCUUUGAACGCACACGUUCUGGCCAAGGGCAGGUCAUUGAUGCGAACAUGGUGGAAGGAACAGCUUACUUAAGUUCUUUCCUGUGGAAAACCCAGCCCACGGGUCUGUGGGCACAGCCUCGAGGACAAAACCUGUUAGAUGGAGGUGCACCUUUCUACACAACCUACAAGACAGCAGAUGGGGAGUUCAUGGCUGUAGGUGCAAUAGAACCCCAGUUCUAUGCACUGCUGCUUAAAGGACUUGGACUCAAGUCUGAGGAACUCCCCACCCAGAUGAGCAUAGCAGAUUGGCCAGAAAUGAAGAAGAAAUUUGCAGAUGUGUUUGCAAAGAAGACUAAGGCAGAAUGGUGCCAGAUCUUUGAUGGAACAGAUGCAUGUGUGACCCCAGUGUUGACUUUUGAGGAGGCUCUCCACCACCAGCACAGCCAGGAACGGGCCUCCUUCAUCACUGAUGUGGAGCAGUGUCCAAGCCCCCGCCCUGCACCUCUACUUUCCAGAACUCCUGCUGUUCCAUCUGCCAAAAGGGAUCCUUCUAUAGGCGAGCACACUGUAGAGGUGCUUAGAGAAUAUGGAUUCAGUCAGGAAGAGAUCCGUCAGCUGCACUCGGAUAGAAUCAUUGAGAGUAAUAAGCUAAAAGCCAGCCUCUGACUCAGGCUCACGGCUCAAGCCAAUCUGAAGGCAGCAUCUCUACUGGAGAAGGAUGCCCACAGUUUUAUGUAUAAUCUAAAUAUCCCAAUCAAAGCACAAUGCAAGACUGAUUACAGGGUAAUGAUUGCACUCUCACACUGCUUAUCAGAGCCUCUGAUUGAGCAAUAUUUUUAUGUGUGUACUGAUAUUAUCUUGGGGCAGUGUUCUGCCUUUCAGGUCACUUGGUGACCUUUCAGGUCACUUGGUAACGUGUAUUCAUUGAUUCAAACCCUUUUAUAAAUACAACUCUGAUCAUAUAUUAAAUGAACUAAUAUAACUUUCAUAAAUAAAGCUCCCUUUUUCCUCC